AUGGACAUGCGCGUGGUCCAGUGCCCCCUCUGCACCCUCCCCCUCAAGCCGCCCGUCUUGCAGUGCAAGGGCGGGCACGUGGCCUGCGGCGGCUGCCUGGCCGAGCCGUGCCGGAGGUGCGAGCACGGCGGCGGCUUCGAUGUCCGCAGCACGGCGAUGGACGCCGUCGUCUCCGCGGCCAGGGUCCAGUGCCCCCACGACGGCUGCCUGACCUACGUCGCGUACCACGAGCUCGGCGACCACCGGAGCGCGUGCGGGCACGCGCCCUGCUCCUGCCCGGAGCUCGGCUGCAGCUUCGCCGCCCCGCCGCGGGUGCUCCUCGUCCAUCUCUUCGUCCGGCACUCAAUGCCGGCGCACAAAUUCCAGUACGGCGAGGACUUCCGGCUCCUGGUGCCGGCGUCGGAGCCGUCACGGCGGCUGCUCAUCGGCGGAGACGACGGGCGCGCGUUCCUCCUCUCCGCGGGCGCGCUCGGCGCGGCCACCGCGGUGUCGGUCGUGUGCGUCCGUGCCAGCGCCGUCCUGCGGCCGCAGUACUUGUGCAAGAUGUGGUCGAUCAUGCCGCCCAGCCAGGACCUCGUCGUGGUGAAAACCAAGGUGACGAGCAGCACAUCGCCCGGCGCGGUGGCCGCCGCGUCCUUCUUGACGGUGCCGCCGAGGUAUUAUCGGGUUGGGGCUGCUGGGGUUUCCAACUCCAAGCUAGUGCCUCUCAAUGUCCGCAUUGACAAGAUUUAA